AUGGCUAAUAUACGACUGAUUCGACUUGUAAUGAGUGUGCUUGUUUGCAUACUUAUACAGAGCAAAUGCAAUGCUCAGCUUAAUAAUCUUGAUGAAGAUACUGGUUGUCCUCUGAACGUCGAUCAUGUAUGUACAGCAUGCGCCGAAGAUCGAAAUCGUUUAGGAUGCUUUUGUGAAUUACCAGAUGGAACUGACAUAAUCACGGCUAGUGUAUACACACCAUGUCCAGCUGUAGAGGAAGACCCGUGUCAAAACAACUCAUGUAAAAACGGCGCUUCAUGUGUACGUGACACUUUAAAUACUUAUAGUUGCAUUUGUGUUCCUGGUUUUGGUGGUAAAACUUGCAAUGAAACAUUAGCAAAAUGUAGUGAUGCAAAUGUAAAGUGUUUAAACUCUGAGUGUGUCGAAACAACUGAUCCUAAAUUACCUGUCUACUGCCAAUGCUAUGAUGGUACACGACGAGACCCAAAUCAAAACGAUACAUGUCCAUUAAGUCCAUGUUAUGAGAGAGAUAGCUCUACGCCAGUAUGUAAAAAUAAUGGCACAUGUCGAACUAUUAACAGUGCAUAUUUCUGUGAGUGUGCGUCAGGUUUUGGAGGUCAAAAUUGUACCAAAGCUCUUCUAAAACCACUUUGUGAAGACGUGCCAGGCGUUUGUGGUGAAGGAAAAUGUCAACAAUCAAUUACGAAACCAUUUUAUUCAUGUAAUUGUGGUAGCCAUCCAGGCACAUUUGGCAAAACUAUUAGUGAAUUAGUAAAAUGCGAACAAAGUGGUUGUUAUGCAUCAAAUCCAUGCCAAAAUGGUGGAACAUGUAGUAAUAAAGGUGUGGGAGCUUUUCUUUGUCAAUGUCCACCUCAGUAUACUGGAUCUAAAUGUGAAAAAAAUUCGGCUUGCUUUAAUAAUCCAUGUGUGAAUAACGGUAUUUGUGAAGCAUUCAAUGAAACUAUGUAUUUCUGCCAAUGUCCAACUUAUUUCACGGGUAAACGAUGUGAAAUUGCUGUACCAGACCCAUGUCUAGGAAAAAAUUGUGGUCCUUUUGGUGAAUGUAAUGAUAUCCGAGGUAGUGCAAUAUGUCAUUGUAGUGAUGGACUACAUCUUGAUGGCUCACCUUGUGAAGAUCCGUGCCGUAAUAAAUCUUGUAAUACUGGUGCCUGUACUAAAAAAGCCAACACAACCUAUGAAGCUAUUUGUUCAUGUCCACCAGAGCGCCAAGGAGAAUCAUGUGAAAAACCACGAGAUGCAUGUCGUGAAGGUGCUCGUUGUGGUGGUGGCUAUUGUAAACCAAAUUAUUCGUCUCCUCGCGGUUACGUAUGUGUAUGUGAGGGAAAUGUUGUUAAAAACGAACCAUGUCCAUUUACGAGAAAUUGUCCAAUCAAAGAUUGUGGAACCCAAGGUAUUUGUGUAGAAACCGAUGGUAUUGUAGUAACUCCUGGUACGAAGCCAAUCUUUUAUGUUUGUUUAUGUAAAAAUGGAUAUAUCAAUUCUGGUAGUUGUAAUGAUUUGAUCGACAAAGACAUUCCAAAGGCUAAAGUGCCAUGUGGGCCUAACGGAGAUCCAUAUCCAAGUCGUAAUCCAAAUAAUCCAAUCGGAUGUUGGUGUGAGAGCGGUAUACACAUUCCAGAAAUUGACAUCAACAAUUCGACAGGACUCUGUAUUUAA